CCUAAAAUGAAAUGAUUCCAUUAAAGCAACCAAAGAGGGGAUGGUUGUCUCAGAUGAACAAACCCUAAGAUUAAUUAAUUAAACCUCUAGUACUAAUCCUAAUACCAGUAUCAUUUUGUGAGAUCAAAUCAAAUCAAAUCAAAUCAUGGAGGAGCAAUUAAGUACCACAAACAGUUUAGAAGACGACAUUCAACCUUCUGCUGAGCUCAUUAUCUUUCAAGUUUCUGAAUGUUACGUUUAUUUGAUACCUCCUAGGAAGACUGCCGCAUCUUACAGGGCUGAUGAGUGGGAUAUAAACAAAUGGAAUUGGGAGGGAACAAUGAAAGUAGUGAGCAAGGGUGAAGAGUGUAUUAUCAGACUUUUAGAUAAGACAACAGGUGAACUCUAUGCCCGGGCAUUUCUAAGAGAUGGAGAGCCUCAUCCUGUGGAGCCUGUAAUUGAUAGCAGCCGGUAUUUUGUUCUACGUGUUGAAGAGAACAUCGGUGGUCGUCUUCGCCAUGCUUUUAUUGGUAUAGGAUUUCGAGAAAGACCUCAAGCUUAUGAUUUCCAAGCUGCUCUUCAUGAUCAUAUGAAGUACCUUAAUAAGAAGAAAACUGCCGAAGAGAUGGACCAGCAGUUCCAGCAAACUUCUUCUGUUGAUUACAGUUUAAAAGAUGGAGAGACUUUAGUGCUUCAACUAAAAAACAGAGGCAAUCGGAGCGUGAGAUCCAAGAUCUUCGAGCAGGGAUUGAAUAAUCCCACAGAUCAAAAAGAGAAGGGUAAGGAUGUUGCAAUUACUAGUAUACUCCCACCUCCGCCUCCAUCGCCACUUUCACCACCAGUAAAUGCCGUGAACAGCCCUCUAGAAUCGCCCUCAAAGUUGUCCCUUGAUGGAAGUCCAAAACAGAACUCCCCAAGCACUUUUGACAAGCUGUCACGUGAACCUCUUUCUGUUGAAAAACAGGCUGCUCAAGAUGUACCUGACGAUGAUUUUGGUGAUUUUCAAGCAGCAUAGUGCUAUGUAAGGUUCUCAAUGAUUUUCUUAUUAUCUUAUCAUGGAACAGUUGGUAAAUAUGAGUUGUCUAUUAUAUAUCAUCAUUUAAGUUUUUUUUCC